AUGGAGGAGCUCACAGGCCAAGUUUCCACCGAACUGCACCGAACGCCGCCAGAUGUGGUCCGCCUGCGGCAGAAAAUGGAUCCCGAGCUCCAUGUGCGGGAAGAAUGCCGGUUACGAGUGCCAGACAAGCAGCAGCUGGCCAUGGUACCACAGGACAUCAAUCCGCGCGGCUACAGCAAGUGGCCUUUGGAGCGCUUCGUGCGUGCAGCACAUGAAGGGGACGUGGAGCUCUUGGGAAAGAUGCUGAACCGCGAAGAUCCAAUUGAUGGCUACCAUCAUGACUUCAAUGCGCAUCACAAGCCAGAUGGCUACAACGCCCUUCAAGCGGCGGCAAUGGCUGGGCAGAGCGAAACAGUGCAGAUGCUACUCGAGGCUGGGGUAGACCCACACGUGAAGCGCUGCAUGUCGGAGGGACAGGAUCCCAAAGAGGGCCCCACUGCGCGGGAGCUCGCAGAUCAGCAUGGUUGGGAUGACAUUGCAGCUGCCUUGAAGGAGGCCGAAAAGAGCUUCCCUCGAGGCUUGUACAAAGAGUUCGGGCCCAACAACAAUGCGAAGCUGUGGCCCAUCGAUCGCCCAGAAGGGUUGGAUCCAGAUCAAGAAAAACGUGCGCGAGAGGCCUACAAGAAAAUGUCCAGGCCCAUUCCCCACAAGGAAGACCGGCUCUUUUAUGGGGACCUGGUCUUUGGUGUGAACUUCGGCACCGACACCAAGGGGCGCCCUCUUCGGAAGAAGAAGCCGCUUCCGGACGUCAAUGGUGCCGAGACAUGA